ACGAAAAAUUUAAAAUGAGGAUAUAAAUUGAUGUAAUGCCUUUCCUCCCAAUUUGGUGGCAAGUUAUUUUGAGAGCAAAAAAGUGCAGUGGCUGUCCCUUAGAUGAACCAACAAAGAUUGGUGGAGAGCCUCCAACAAUUCCGCCACAUUUUGAAAACAUGCAUAGCCCAGAGAGACCUCUUAACUGGCAAAUCUCUGCAUACCCUUUACAUCAAAUCACUCAUUCCACCGUCUACUUACUUCUCCAACCAUUUCAUCCUUCUCUACUCUAAGUGUGGCCUUCUUACCACUGCUCGCAGGGCUUUUGAAGCUACCCCUGAACCCAAUGUCUUCUCCUUCAAUGCUAUCCUCAAUGCCUAUGCUAAAGAAGCUCAGCCCCACCUUGCCCACCAGCUGUUUGAUAAAAUUCCCCAACCGGAUAUUGUUUCUUACAACACCCUUAUAUCUGCUUAUGCUGAUCUUGGUUACACCCUGCCUGCUCUUCGGCUCUUUCUUGAUUUGAAGGACACGGGUCUUGCUAUGGAUGGGUUUACUCUUUCAGCUGCUAUCACGGCUGCGAAUGACAAUGUUGAUUUCAUUACCCAGCUUCAUUCACUGUCUAUAUCCGCUGGGCUUGACUCUUAUGCGUCGGUUAAUAAUACUCUCAUCACGUAUUAUAGCAAAAAUGGGCAUCUUGAUUAUGCGCGAGAGGUUUUUGCGUCAAUGGGUGAGAUAAAAGAUGAAGUUUCUUGGAAUUCGAUGAUUGUUGCUUAUGGGCAGCAUAGGGAAGGGAUAAAGGCGUUGGCUUUGUAUAAAGAAAUGGAACUUAGGGACUUAUAUUUAGAUAUGUUUACUUUGGCAAGUGUAUUGACAGCACUUACGUCCAUGGAAGACUUGCGUGGUGGGCUUCAAUUUCAUGCUCGGUUAAUCAGAAUGGGUUUUCACGAAAAUCCACAUGUUGGAAGUGGGCUGAUUGAUUUAUACUCAAAAUGUAGUGCUAGUAUGUCAGAGUGCAAAAAAGUAUUUCAGGAAAUACCUUAUCCUGACUUGGUCCUUUGGAACACAAUGAUUUCUGGAUGUUCACAGUCUGAAUUGUGUGAAGAAGCUGUUGCUUGUUUUAGACAAAUGCAGCUUGCUGGCCAUCAACCUGAUGAUUGCAGCUUCGUUUGUGUGAUUAGUGCAUCUUCUAACUUGUCAUCACCAUCGCAAGGGAAACAGAUUCACUCUUUGGCAAUCAAAUCUAGCAUUUCAUCCAAUCGUAUAUCAGUGAACAAUGCUCUCAUUGCAAUGUAUUCUAAAUGUGGAAGUCUACAAGAUGCAAGAUUACUUUUUGAUAGAAUGCCUGAGCAUAAUGCUGUCACUUUAAAUUCCAUGAUAGCAGGCUAUGCUCAGCAUGGGCAUGGAGCAGAUUCGCUGUUACUUUUUGCAUGGAUGCUUGAAAGAAAUAUUACACCUACAAACAUAACAUUCAUCUCUGUCCUAUCGUCAUGUGCACACACUGGAAAGGUCGAGGAAGGGAAGAGAUAUUUUGGUUUAAUGACUGAUAAAUUUGGGAUAAAACCAGAGGCUGAGCACUAUUUAUGCAUGAUUGACCUUUUGGGUCGAGCAGGAAAGCUCGAGGAAGCAGAGACACUAAUCGAAACAAUGCCAUAUAAUCCUGGUACAAUUGGAUGGGGUUCAUUACUUAGAGCAUGUCGAACACAUGGUAAUAUAGAGCUAGCAACAAAGGCAGCUAACCACUGUGUUCAGCUGGAUCCAUCAAAUGCGGCACCGUAUGUCAUGCUUGCGCACAUGAAUGCUUGUCUUGGCAGAUGGGAAGAGGUAGCAUCGAUUAGAAAAGAAAUGCGAGACAAGGGAGUGAGAAAGCAAGUGGGUUGUAGUUGGAUUGAGGUGGCCAAGAGGGUUCACGUCUUUGUGGCAGAAGAUAGUUCUCAUCCGAUGAUAAAGUUGGUGUAUAAAUUCUGGGAAGAGAUGUCAAAGAAGAUGAAGCAAGAAGGGUAUUCUCCCGAUUUGAAGUGGGCUAUGAUGAGAGAUGAUGGAACAAGGCAGGAGGAGAAAGAGAGAAGCUUAUGGCAUCACAGCGAAAAGCUGGCAGUUGCUUUUGGGCUUUUAUCGACCAAAGAUGGUGAACCUAUUCUUAUCAUAAAGAAUUUGAGAAUAUGUGGCGACUGUCAUAAUGCAAUUAAGAUUCUAUCUGGUAUGACAGGAAGAGAGAUUACAGUAAGGGAUUGCCACAGGUUUCAUUGCUUCAAGGCUGGGGCAUGUUCUUGUGGGGAUUACUGGUGAUAGCGGAUAAGUUUAGCAAUCAGAUGCUAAUCUAAUUCUAGUCAAUUCAUGUGAUCUCCAUGGGCUAUGGAGAGUGAAGUUGUGAAUGUUAUACAGUGUACUUUGAGUUAGUAAGAUGGACUAGAUUUUGUUCUAAAGAGUUCACAGCUUGCAGCUUUCUGGUGUUUGGAUUGGAUUAUUGAGUCUUAAACCAUUUUAAUCUUAUACGUUUAAUGCUCUACAUGAUCUUAGAUCUAGCCAGAAUUGCUAAUCAUUUGUAAUAUAUGUGCAUUUUGUGAGUAGGGGUAUGAAGAUGACAACCUCUUGUUGAUUCACUGCAAGGUAAUUACAAGACAACAAAGGAAUGUGAUGUUACAUCUUAAAGAGCUGAAAUGAUGCAUGCCUGAAACAACAAAAGAACCCUACAAAAUCUGGGGAAACAAACGAAGAAGCAAGAAGUUUAGUGUGUGCAACACAAUCCCAGCUAGCAUAUGGUAGGUCAUAUGGAGAUAAGGAAAUCGUACAAGAAAUCAUUAAGCUUGAAGGUGGUUGGAUAACAACAAGGUGCACCAUCCAUACUGCUUCAAAAUCCCAUUUCCUAGGGACUAGGAAUCUCUCUAUGUAAGGGUACUUGGAUCCUGAAAUUACAUGAGCCAACAGUUGAGUGAGAAAAGUGAUGUAUAUAGCUUUGGAGUGGCAUUGCUAGAGCUGAUAACUGCAAGAGCUCCAAUAGAACGAGGAAAACACAUGGUGAGACUGGUUGCAGAGACCAUAUAUGAUUUAAAAGAUAACACCAUACUCUACCAGUUAAUAGAUCUAAGAAUAGGUCCAGCUUCAAAACUCAAAGGUAUUGAUAAACUAUUUACAUUGGCAAUGAGACGUGUCAAUGAAUCCGGGGACGAGAGGCCUUCCAUGGGUGAGGCUGUGAAAGAAAUUGAGGGUAUCCUUGAACUGGCCAGCUUGAACAAGUAUACUGUAUACUGAAGAAGAGCUCACUUCAACUAGGUAUGAGGACACAACUCAAGUCAGUCUUGACGAUUUCUAUAAUAACAAGGCUUUUGAUUAUAGUGGUAAAUUUCCUUCUGGUGGUAUGAACACCACUAACUGAAGUUACCAAGGAGUAUAACUGUUAGUAUUUACAUUUGUUUGUUAUAUUGAGUAUAAGUGAUCUUUGGUACUUGUGAUUCUUCUGUUCUAAUACUAGCUAUAUCUGAAGUCAGAAUUACAUAUGGCUUCUCGAGAUUCAAGUGAUCUUUAUAUCGAUAUUUGAUGGAAAGAAAGUUAAAUCAUACUGUACAGGAUCACAGAUGAAUUCUUUAGCUAAAUACCUGGAACUGUAACAACACCAGAUUUCUCUUGUUACACUCACCUCAGCAGUUAUGCCAACUAGUGCAAAAACUUUAAGAGCUUUUGGUCUUAGAUUAUGGAGAGUGUUUUCAAUCAUUGCAUAAUUAGUUUUGAUAUAAGGCAAGCA